AUGAUCUAAAGCGAUAACUAUGAAGGAGCCAUAUUUCCUUCUGAAAGCUCCUAAAAAGCUAAAAUUGACACACCUAAUUUCAAUCCAGAAAAUAGUACAAUCAGUUAAAAUAUAAGUGAAGGUGAAUAUAGCACCAAUUUCUAAUAAUAUGACUAGCAGAAGCGCCUAUCUUGGCUUGACUGCUCACUGAUGAUCGCUAAUCGAACUACUGCAUCAAACAGCACAGAAUUUUAAGUAUAAAAUUCUACUAUUAUUUUCAAUACCUUUGGUGAUAAACAUGUUGAUUAAAAUAAAUAUGACUCUAUUUCGGUUUAGAAUGCCGUAUUUUCUGAGGAAAGUUCUUGUUCUUCGCGUAAUUCACGUACUUAAUCUUAGGACUUCACUCCUUUCUUAGUAGUUUUAGCCAAUAAAAAAAGCAGUGCUAUCUGUUAAUAAUAAUCAGAUGACUGGUCAUAAGAAAAAUCUUCAUCAAUUCUUCAAAACAUCAAAGAAGAAUUUAAUAUUGAUUAAGAGAAACUUGCUAAAUAAUAAUCUACUUAGUCAGAAAAUAUUUUAACUGAAUACUAAAAUUAAGAUCAAGUUAUAAACCAAGAUGAGUUAGUUCAUGAACAAAAGUGCCUAGAUCCCUUAGUCAUUGAAGAAAUAUAAAAGAUUAAUUAACAAGAAAAUGAUGAUGAAACACAGUCUCCUACUCUAAAGUUAAAUAGGAUAAAAGCUUAGAGAGAUAACUCCUUAGAAUAAAGAAUUUAUCGUUGGUUGGAUAUUCAUGGUAUCUUUCAAGUAGACCCAUCUGUGAAGAGGGAAGAAUACUACUCUUCAAAGAGAGAGAAUUUAAUUAAAGUAAGAAAAAUAUCAAAGCCUUUAGAAGAUGGAAUGAAAAAUUCCACAGGAUCUCUCAACUUAUGUAAAAUCUCUAGCUCUCCUCUGUUCAGCAGAAGAUAACAGGUUAGACAAGUUCCAACAAAAAAGAAAAAUUUUUUAGAAAUAAAUGAUGAAAAUGAAGUACAGUAGUAAGUAUCUGAAGAUAUUUAAGUUUAAUUUGAAAAAUAACCUAUUUGCUCUGAACCUCCAAAAUCUGAAAAUUUUCAAUUUAAUAAACAAACGCCACAUAAAUUAAUUAAAGAUUUACAUGAUGUUUCCGAAAUAAAAAAUAAUGAAAUUUCUAUUAAAAUUAAAGAAGCACCAGAAGAAAACAUAAUAGAAUCCAUUUUACCAAAAAACAGUUGUAGUGGACUGGAUACAUCUUAAAACCAAAUAAAUUUAUUCAAAACAGAAGAAUUAAAUUAAAUAAGUUGUAAUAAUAAUAAUAUUCUACCAAAAAAGAAAGUUAGAGGAAUUCAUGAAUUAAAUAGAGUAUAAGUUGGAUCUGAUUAAGAUAAAGAGUUUAAAUAAAAUGAAUAUAGCGUAGCCUUGAAUAAUGAAAGUCAAUUUAACUAAGAAAAUUGUGAUUUUAUUAAUAAAAGACCUAUACCAAAUCUUGAUAUUGAAAAAAACCAAAAGAGACGCUCUUUGAAAUCAGUAAAUAGUAUCCCCUCUUUAAAUGCGAUAGGCAAUUUGUAAUGA